UUCGUUAAUAAUAUUUCAGUGCAGUGUUUGAGUUUGAUGUCUAAAGAUGUAAGAACUAUGACAAAUGUAAACAGAAACAGCGCGCGCGUGCGUGCACGAGUGAGGCGAUCUGCGCAUGCGCGUUCGCCAUUUGCUCCGAGGUGAAAACCCACGUGUUUGUGUUGGGACGGUGAAGGCACUCCGCGCUGUGUUUACCGUGUGGUUUUGGGAGGAUUUUGAAGCAGUUCGCGGUGUGGACGGUGAGGUUUAACGGUGAUGCCGAAGGUGAAGCGGGGUAAAGCGGAGCGGACCCCGGGUCCUGUCCCUGUCCCUCUGGCGGAUCAGAUCCUGCAGGGAGACACAGCUCUCCGCUCCACACACAGAGAGAAGAAGCGCAGAGAGGAAGCUCAGGAGGAGGAGGAGGAGUAUGUGGACGAGAAGCUGUCCCGCAAAAUCCUGCAGCAGGCCCGCAUUCAGCAGGAGGAGCUGCAGGGGGAGUACGGCCUGGGUCCCGAGCUGGACAACAAGAAGAAUAAAAAACAGCCUUCUGCACUGCUGGGUCCGAGCAGUAAGGAUGCCGAGUCGGACGAGGAGUGGCCCGAGCUGGGAGCGGAGCAGGGAGAAGGUGGUACAGAUGUGGACAUUGAUCCGGAGGAUGAAAAGGCCAUCCAGAUGUUCAUGAACAAGAACCCACCUGUCAGGCGUACUUUAGCUGACAUCAUCAUGGAGAAGAUCACAGAGAAGCAGACGGAGGUGGGUACGGUGAUGUCGGAGGUUUCGGGGCGGCCCAUGCCUCAGCUCGACCCCCGGGUUAUAGAGGUGUACAGGGGAGUCAGUAAGGUUCUGUGUAAGUACCGCAGUGGGAAACUGCCCAAAGCGUUUAAGAUCAUCCCAGCACUGUCCAACUGGGAGCAGGUCCUCUACCUCACCGAGCCUGAGACGUGGAGCGCCGCGGCGAUGUACCAGGCCACACGGAUUUUUGCAUCAAAUCUGAAGGAGCGAAUGGCUCAGCGCUUCUAUAACCUCGUGCUGCUGCCGCGGAUCAGAGAUGACAUCGCAGAGUACAAGAAGCUGAACUUCCACCUGUACAGUGCUCUGAAGAAAGCUCUGUUUAAACCUGGGGCCUGGUUUAAAGGAAUCCUGAUCCCGCUGUGUGAGUCAGGAACCUGCACUCUGAGGGAGGCCAUCAUCAUCGGCAGCAUCCUCACCAAGUGCUCUAUACCUGUACUGCACUCCAGCGCCGCCAUGCUGAAACUGGCUGAAAUGGAGUACAACGGAGCAAACAGUAUUUUCCUUCGCCUGCUGCUGGAUAAGAAGUAUGCGCUGCCAUUCCGUGUGCUGGACGCACUGAUCGCUCACUUCCUGUUGUUCCGGACAGAGCAGCGCGUUCUUCCUGUGCUGUGGCAUCAGAGUCUGCUCACGCUGGUGCAGCGCUACAAGGCCGACCUGGCCUCCGAACAGAAGGGGGCGCUGCUGGAGCUGCUGAAGGUCCAGACACACGUGCAGAUAUCGGCUGAAAUCAGGCGUGAGCUUCAGAACGCGGAGGCACGAGACCAGGAGGACGCCACACCUGCCAUGACGAUGGACUGAAAAACAUAGGACUCUCAAAUUAGGACUUUCGAAUAUAAACUGUACUCUCCCUGAUGGAUAGUUUAAAGGUACACUAAGCACAAAUUCCCAUUACUGCCAGGUAACAUAUUAAUAAACCUAUUUAUUACAGCGUAAUGUGUAAAAAUUGUGACGGAAAAUGAGAAGUCACACUAUUCAGGACAGAAACAGAAGCAUGUCUGUUUUCCAGCGCAGGUGAAACAUUGCUGAGUGUACCUUUUAAUUCAACAGCUUUUUGGAAUAUCUUUAUCAAGUAAAAUGUAAAAAAAAAAAAAAA